UCACAAAAACAAGUCACGCCCAGUCUACGACAUCACCUCUCAGCCCCGCCCCCUCGGCUCAGACAACCAGCCCGGAGAGAAGGCGAGUCUGCGGCUAAAAAUACACCCGCUAACACAAGAUGGCCGGUCUGCCUCGCAGGAUUAUCAAGGAGACACAGCGGUUGAUGGCGGAGCCAGUACCAGGGAUCACGGCCACGCCAGACGAGGGGAACGCACGUUACUUUCAUGUGGUGAUUGCAGGACCGCAGGACUCUCCCUUUGAGGGGGGAACAUUUAAACUUGAACUGUUUCUGCCUGAAGAGUAUCCCAUGGCGGCGCCCAAAGUCCGCUUCAUGACCAAAAUCUACCACCCCAACGUGGACAAGCUGGGCAGGAUAUGUCUAGACAUCCUGAAAGAUAAAUGGUCCCCAGCACUGCAAAUCCGGACCGUGUUGUUAUCCAUCCAGGCUUUACUCAGUGCUCCAAACCCUGAUGACCCGCUGGCCAAUGACGUCGCUGAGCAGUGGAAGAAGAACGAGACCCACGCUAUCGAAACCGCGCGAACAUGGACCCGACUGUAUGCUGGAAACACUGAAGUAUAGAAGAAUGUGAACACGUACACGCACGCACACUCACUCACACACACACAAACACACACACACACACAGUGAAGGAGGACAUUCGACUGAUGACUUAUGUUUCAUGUGGCUUUUAUUCUCCUGUGUUAAUAUUUAAAAGCAUGACGUCCUCUGACCCCAAACCUCCCCUUCCCCUCCCACAGUCUUAAAGAUGACGAAAAUCUUUGUCGUUGCUGAUAUUUGUUUGAAUACCAGACGUCACUUCCUGUUUACUCUUCACACUGAAAACAAAAUAAAAUCAAUAAAAAUAUUUAAA